AUGGUUGCUCAUGGUGGUAUUGAUGCUCUCAUAUGGCUCUGUAGGACUUCUACUAAUACAGAAAUUCAUCAUCUUAUUACAACAAACUUGGCGAUAUUAGCUGAAAAAGAAUCCAUCCGACCUGUCAUCAUCACAAAGUGGGCACUUCCUCCUUUAUUACAACUCCUUCAGUAUUAUAUGCAUUGUGAUCGAAAUAUGAAUGACACAAAAUUACCACCUACUGCAUCGAUAAGUUCAUCAUCAUUACCAUCAAAUAGCGAUACACAUUCAUCAGCACCUAUACCAAUAAAACAAUCUUCGAUAGACGAUAUCAAUUUAUAUACUAUUCACUUGGAAAUCAUCAUCAAUUGUACACAUGUCCUUUAUCAAUUGGCAAGAGCAGGGAUUCUCAGUCAAGAAGAAAUCAUUACGGAUGGUAUUUUAGAUAUUCUUUUCUCUUUGACAUUGUAUGAGAUCAAGGAUAUACCAAUCAAAGGAAUGGAUAAGAAUGAAGAGAAUAAUUUAUCUGAAAAACUACAACAACAACAACUAGAUGAUUUGGAACAUGGUGUGACUACACAAGAACAAUGGAAGGAACGUGGAUUCAUCAUUCAAAGUUUGGCAGCGAAAUCUAUUUCUUUCGUCAGUGCAACAGUAUCAAAUCAGCCUAGUAUGAUCGAACAAUUAAGAAAUACAAACAAUUUGGCUCUUGCUCUUGUAUCUGAUAAUGAUGAAGUCAAAAAGUAUAUUGCCAAGACAGUAGCAUAUCUAUCGUUAAGAAAUGACAAAUAUAAACCUGUGCUUCUUGGUGGUGAUAAAGUACGAGCAUUGUUAUCAAUACUUGUUGUAUUACCUCAAUUGGAUUCUGGUUUGGAUGAUAUGAAAGACACACGAAAAUCCGAUUUGGACUAUUAUUUAUAUUCCUGGCAUGAACAAAAAGGUAGUAAACGAUACGAUACGACUUUUGGUUCACUAGAUCACGCUCCUUACACGGCCGCAGUUUCCCAUGUUUGCUGUGCUUUGGCUAACUUUGCAACCAACAAUGAAUCCCAAUUGAUUCUUAUGGCACAACCACGACUUGUUCGCUAUAUCUGUAAUAUACCAUCCAGCUUCCCAAGUCAUAUGGAAAUACAUCGUCAUGUGGCAAGAUGCCUAGCGAACUUGGCUCUCUAUGAUGAAAACAAAGAUAAAAUGCUUGCAAUGGAAGAAGGUGAACAAAAUCAGAUCAACGAUUCGUUCAAUGUGAUACCUACUCUUUUGGCUAUGGGACAGAGUGCUAAUGUUACUGAUGAUAUACGACGACACAUUAUUCGUGCUUUAGAUAAUCUUAGUUCAAACGUAGUGGAUGAAGCAUCUGACAGUAAGAAGGCGCAAUUUUGGAAAACCACCUUCCAAGAGAUUCAACCUUUUAUUGAAAAGAUCAUGACGGUUACCGACGAAGCAGAUACUUUGAAACGGGCAAAAUUGAUAUUACAACGUGGAAAAGAUAUUAUUUCUGAAACUCCCAAUGGCAGCAACAGUGAAGAAGAUGAACAAGCGGAACAACACGAAAAUGGAAUGUCUAAAACUAAAUCCAAGAAGAAGAAUAAGAAGAAAAAGAAGAACUAG